AUGGCCACAACCAUCAUCGCAUCGCCAUCAGCUUUGCGUUCAUCACGACGGACAACAGUGGCAACAAAGACCCAUGCUAACGCUCAGUGCGACCACAAGCGCCCCUCGUGCGGCCUCUGCUCCAAGCUCAACCUCGGGUGCGAGUACCCCCCUCCGCAGGCGCGGCGCGGCCCCGUCGCCGGCCUAGGCAAGAAGGCCGAGGCGCGCGUGCAGCAGUGCGAGAACGCGCUGUGGUGGGUGCUCGCGAUCCCCGACGUCGCCGAGCUCGUCAGGCGCCACGCCGACAAUUCCCAGUCGUGGGCCACAAGUCACCGCACCGCGCCGCACUGCAAUGCCGCAGGCUCGAAAUGGGCUCGAAACAGGGCGGUGCUUUCCCCCUGCAGAGCCAGCCUGCGCAGUAAGCAAAGCAAGCAGACAGCGUGGGCCAUUAGGUCGUCCGGUUCGCCGCAUGAAUUUGCCGCAGACGUCGGUGCCUGGGUCCAAAAGGCAGAAGCGCCGCACGGAAAACCCGGCCCAUCCCCGGGUUCUCCGAUCGGACUUUGCCACGGUCUCCUACUGGCUGCAGCCUACGUGCUUGGCCACCGGCGCCCGCCGGCCCCACCCUGGGUCUUGGGUUCGGGCAUCGGCCAUGUGCCAUGGUCAAUGACCCCGCUACCCAAAGCGCCCACUGCCAAGCUGGAGCGCAUCACGCGCGCAGACUGGUGGGACGCGCACGGCAUCCGGACCGGAGGCGACGUGCUCUCGUUCCUGGACAGUGUGCGCGAGAUCGAGGAGGACGAGGCCAACGAAGGUGCCAAUGAGAGCGACUAUGCGCCGAGCGUCGCGCCAAGCGUCGCGCCGAGUGUCGCGCCGAGCAUGUCCCAGUCCGAGCGCCGGACCAGCCUCGCCUCCCUCGUCUCGGGCGGGAGUCGCGACUCCCUCCCCCGGUCCGAGCACCGGGAGCACCGGAACGAGUCGCGCGCCGAGUCUGGUGCAGACAUGCGCGAGAUGCGCGAGCGCGACAUGCACGUCGAAACCAAGCGUGAGCCGCGCGAGCCGCGCGAGUCGCUCCCGCCCCUCUCCCCCGUCUCCCCGCGUUCAAGGGAGUACGCCUACGAGCGCGAGGAGGAGUACAGACACCUGAAGCGGCCGUCCUCGUUUGCGCGCUCCCCGCCCAGCGACCCGCACCACUAUGCGCACCACUCCCCCCCGCCUGCCUACUCUGCCAGCUUUAGGCCACACACGCCCAAGCGCGCCAGGAGCACCAGGGAGGAGGAGGAGAUGCCCCGCGCCCUGCCGCCUCCGCCGCCUCCGCACCACCACGCUCAUUCCGAGCGCCUGGAGAGGAUCGAGCGGAUCGAGCGUCUGGAGAGGAUGGAGAGGAUGGAGCGCAUGGAGAGGAUGGAGCGUCACGAACGCGCCGAGCGUGCCGAGCGCCACGAACGCGCCGAACGCGCCGAGCACGAGCGCGCCGUAGAGAGGGAAAGGGCAGCCGAGCGCCCCAUGGAAGUUCGCAAGCCUGCACUCUGGAAUCUCAUCGCGGCCGCCGAUCGCGAUGACUGGCGCGGACUCAAGAGGCAGCGGACCGAGGUCACUUCGCUCUGGUGA